AUGACCGCCGCUCUCAGCAGACAAGACAUUGAGCUUGCGACACGUGCAGCAGACCACUUCCAACGACUGUACUACACUGCCUACGACUCGGACUCUCGCGCAGACACGGUUCCCAACUUCUAUCGGCCGAACUCGGCCAUUGCUUGGAACGGGAACCCGCAUCAGGGGGCGGAUGGCAUCCGCCAGCUCCUUAUGCGUAUGCCGAAGACGAAGCAUGAUGUACUGUCCUAUGAUUGCCACCCCAUACCAGGGGCCAUGCCACCAUCGCUACUUGUGACCGUGUCGGGGAACGUCACACAUGGAGAAGGACCGGAGGGAAAUCCGAGGGGAGCACCACCGAGGACGGUUGAGGGCCACCCGCGCGUUUUCACGCAAACGUUCAUGCUUGCGCCUGACUCGACUGUCGCGCUUAAGCCGGGAGAAGUUGCAAAGUACUAUAUCGUGGCGGAUACGGUGCGGUUUGUGGGAUAG